AUGGCGACCGGUGACGCGUUGAAUCCACUCUUGGAGUUGGUCCAAUUGCCUAUGCAGGCUGGAAAUGACACCAACAGACUGCGACCGAUCAUGCUGCUUCUCCCGAUCGCAGGCUUAGCGCGUCUGUUCCACUGGAGUGCAGCAAUCGUGCUGGUUGUCAAUCUGGUUGCAAUUAUCUUUCUUUCGGAUGUCAUUUCAUCCGCGUCCGAUGAGCUUGCAGACUCUUUGGGCCAUCUGCAAGGUGCACUGAUAGGUGCGACACUUGGCAAUACCGUCGAGUUAACCUCCGGUGUCCUUGCUCUUUUGCACGGGGACAUUGUUUUUGCUCAAUCGGUCAUGAUAUUCGGGUUCUGCAUUGUGACAGCAUCUUAUAACAAGCAUGUUCUUGAGUUCAACGGCCAUCUGGCCAAGACCUUGUCGUCCUUGAUGAUGAUCACCGCUGUCACAAUGUUACUACCAACUGCACUCUACUCAACCUUUCCCGUUUCGCAAAUUGAUAAAAGCGUCCUGGCCUUUUCUCGUGGCACCUCAUUCGUCUUGUUUCUCCUCUACGGAGGAUAUCUUUACUUUCAUAUGAAAAGCCACAAGCACCUUUUCCUAUCAGAGGAAGAAGAAGAGCAAGAGGAGACCCAUCUCAAUGAAGUAGGAGGUUCUAAAAGCACCAAGACACCAUCCGAACAGUCCGACACGUCCAAAAUCGUUGCCCCAUCCAUGCGACUAGCCGCGGCAGUGGCCGCGACCAUUUUCUGCACAGAGCUGAUUUUUGAAGGAAUAGACGAUAUGGUGGACACAUUUGGCUUCAGCCGUAUGUUUAUUGCGGUGAUCCUGAUACCGAUCGCAAGUAACAGUACAGAGGGCACGACGGUUAUAGCUUCGGCUCGAAGUGGUGACACUGACUCUGCAAUUCGGGUAAUAGUGGACAGUCUCCUCCAGAUAGGUCUUUUCGUGAUUCCUCUCCUUGUGAUUAUAGGCUGGUGCAUAGGGGAGCCCAUGUCGCUUUAUUUUGAUCCUUUCCAGUCGGGUAUGAUGUUUCUGGCUGUCCUGGUUGUCAACCAUCUGCUUCGGGAUGGGCAAUAUGCGUAUAUCCACGGAGCGAUGUUGGUUGCACUAUAUGGCAGUUUGAUUGUCGCUUUCUACGCGCGGUAG